AUGAAUCCAGAGAAGUUAAAACAGCUGCAGGCAAAAGCGGACGUUGUACGCAUUGGAGGAAAGGGUUCUGCCAGAAGAAAGAAGAAGGUCAUCCACCGAACUGCCACCACAGAUGACAAGAAGAUCCAGUUCUCUCUGAAGAAAUUGUCUGUCAACAAUAUCCCAGGAAUUGAAGAGGUAAACAUGAUCAAAGAAGAUGGGCAGGUGAUCCAUUUCAACAACCCCAAGGUUCAGGCCUCUUUGGCAGCCAACACAUUUGCCAUCACUGGUCACGCUGAGAAUAAACAGAUCGCUGAAAUGUUGCCAGGAAUUCUCAACCAGCUGGGGACUGAAAGCUUAAGCAGUUUGAAGAAGCUGGCCUCUACAGUCGCUGGAGUUGUUGACAGCAGUAAACAGACUACAGCGGAUGUUGAUGACGACGACGAUGUCCCAGAACUGGUGGAAAACUUUGAUGAGGCGUCCAAGAAUGAAGACGUGUGA